UAGAUACAAAGCAAUGCAAACUAUUUUUUCACUAAUUAUUUUUUUUAAACCCAUCACGCUUCUUGUUUUGAUGCCUUCUUGGGGGGGAUAGCCCCCCAACACCCCCCUAAUCACAUCCUGGCUGUAACUUAAAAAGUUGCAUCUUAAAAAAUCUAUAUGUUUAAAUCUGCAGUCUCAAUCCUCACCUCCAGAGGUCGCCCUGUUCUGAAUUUAAACAGUAAGAUUAUUCACUGAACAUCUGUCAUUUAUUUUAUGAUGACAACUUUUGUAAACAAAUUUCCAUUAAGGAACAGUUUUAAUGUUCUUGAUUGUUAAAAUUAUAUGUUAGUCCUCAAUUAGAUGUGUAAAAAAACAGGGCCAAGAUAGCCUAAGUAAAGGAAUAUGAAGGGUAUUGUGUAAAUUUAUAUAAUAAUUAUAAUAAUAAUAAUGCUUGGCCACAUUCUCCUCCCAUUUCCUGUUAGAAAAGAGAUUGCUGGAUGACUCAACAAAAGAUGCUGCUAUAUUGAACACUGCCGUAUCAAUUAUCUUUUAAUACAGAGACACAUUCAGAGGAUUAUUCAGUAUUGGCUAAAUAGUAACAAACAUUUGUGUACAGAAUGAGCUUCAAUACAACUGUCCUAACCUACAAUGAGAAAACUACAUUGGACAUCGUCAUCAAAAUCAUCAUUAUUCUCUUAGGAACCUCUGGAAACUCUGUGGUCAUCUGGGUGGCCGGCGUCCGUAUGAAACCCAUCGUCAACAACGUGUGGUUGAUCAACCUUGCCGUGGCCGACCUGAUCUUCUGCUUGGUACAAAUUUCCCAGGUCAUAAGACACAUUUUCUUUGACCACUGGCCAUUUGGACUCUUUAUCUGCAAGUUUAAUGCCUUUUUCAAGCACGCCAACAUGUUCUGCAGUGUUUUUCUUCUGGCUGUCAUCAGUGUGGAUCGAGCGAUCUGCAUUUGGCGCCCAGUGUUUACCAAGGAAAGACGGACAUUAUAUGCUGCUCGUGUGGUCAGUUUGGGGGUUUGGAUUGUGGCGUUGAUCUUCAGUUCACCAUUCUUGGUGUAUCGGGGAGUUUACCCUGAAAAGAACAACAAGAGCAAGUGCUCACUUAAGGGAGAAGAAGCAAAGUACGUUUACUACUACAUUCGCUUCUUUUGUGGAUUUCUGCUUCCUUUCCUGGUGAUCUUCGUCUGCUACACACUGGCUGCUAUUGGGAUUCGCAGAACGAGAAUCUCCGGCAAAUCAAGGCCUCUCCGGAUUCUUGCUUUAUUGGUUUUUGCAUUUUUCUUAUGCUGGGCACCUUAUCACAUCCUAGGUCUUGUUAAGAUGAUAAAUAAAAACCACCAGGCUGUAAAGUUAGGAUGGCAUAUGACUUCAAACUUAGCCUAUUUUAACAGUUGUGUGAACCCAAUGUUGUACUUCUGCUCGGGACUGAAACUCAGACAACGCUGCAAUCAAAGCCUGUUAGGGAUUUUUCACAGAGCUCUUACUGAAGAAGGCCAAGCUCUGUCCCAGGACACCACUAUGGAGGGACAGUUAAACUGUGCUGGUAGAGUUUACCAAACACCUAAAGAUUAAGUGCAUGACAUUUUUCAUCUCAUAAGCACAGUAGGGUGACCAUACACUCUUAGAAAGCAUGUGUUAAUUUUUUACACAUCUUUUUGUGUUAUGCUUUUAAUACAUUAUGUGUCAUUUUCUGCUGAUUUUGUGUUGUUUCAAAAUGUGUUGUUUCAAUAAUAACAGUGAUGGGUGGAUUCUGGGACAAUGCAUUUAGUGUGUUGUUAUCCCAGAAUAAACAGUAAUGUGUUGUUUUUAACACAUCGAUUCUAAGAGUGUACCUGCAAUUUUUCCCAGACGCGUCUUGGCCAGGAUUUCGGGUGCAUCCUCUGGAGGUCGCAUUGGUCGACCGCAUACAGUACGUCAUCAAGGUUUUUUAUUUCAGGCUCUAUUUUUUGAAAAUAAAAGCAGCCGUGACAGUUAAAG